AUGGAGAAUCAGCAGGAAACCAUGGAGCGCAAUCGCACCAUCAUCCUCGCCGCCACCAUCCCUUCCAUCCUCACGACGCUCGCCGCCGCCGUCAUCUACUGUUACGUCCGCCGACGCAGGUCCCGGAUGUUCGACCGCAGCAUCACCCCCGUCGACGACGAGGAGAUUGAGUCUUGGAAGGUUGAUCGCCGUUCCCAGAUGGAGGAGAAGUCUCGGGAACCAGAAUUUCCCCGGCCCAGCCAUGUGCGGGGCUCGUCGAGGCACCAUGGCGAGCACGGCCUCUGCAGAAGUUCCAGCUCGACAAGGUCGGUCCAGAAGCCGGCCAGCGUCAUUGUGUACCAGAGCGCACGCACGAGCGAGGAUGCCGCCUCGUCGCUUGGCGGGGGAAGCAUCUCCGACGUACCCCAGAUACCGGUCCUGGCGCGGGCGCCCAACGCGAGACCGGGCCUGACGGACGAGACGGUCCAGGGCGAGGAUGCCUUCAUCCCGUGCACGCAGGCCAAACGUCAGCCCGCCCGCCUCUCCAAGAUGGCCUCUCCCCGACACAACCGCAGCAAGAGCUCGCGGGCGACCAUGACGGGCGGCCGAGACCAGUGGUACGGCCAGCAGAUGGACGAGCAUCGACCGCCACGCCGCUCCGCCGACACUUGGCGGCCGACACCGGCGAGCCACUACGACGGCUGGCUCGGCAGAGUGUACACCCACUCGUCUCGCUCAACCGCAUCCCGGACGUCGGUGGAAGAGGAAAUGCUGCUGGGCGGACUGUCGCCCAGGCCGAUGCUACAUCAAUCCGAGAUUGGGCGGGCGAUUGGAUGA